CGACAGAUGAGAAACUGCUUCCAUCUGGUAUCGCAGGGAAAGGGAAAAGGGGGGUGAUUCUACUUAGGCGCCCUUGGCAAGACAUCCUGCUUGCAUUGCUACUAAGAUCUUCGAGCUUCAUUUCGUUUCUCUAGAAAGCUGGAGAGGACGUACGCUCCUAAACGGCUGCACCGGAUUGAUCGUUGGGGAUGCUACGGUUUUAUUCCUUCACUAAUUCUCCUUUUCUCUUGAUAUCAUACUCGCCCUAGGCGCCUAGUUCCACUGUCUUCUCAACCGGUCCACGGUAUUCCUCUUAUCCAGCGGAACGCACAGGAGGAGAGGCGCUUGGACCAGGAGUGAUAACGCAAGGACGGGUCGUGUUGGAUGUUCAUAGCCAUAAAGAAGGGGUCAUAGUCUGGUGCUGCUAAUGGGACAAGCAGUGGACUGACAACAGUGAGUCUGGUUUUACUCCAAGCAAGGGCCUACAUUGGGAGGAGAAGAAGGAGGAAGAGAGAGAAGAAGAAGUGGUUGUGAUGAGUAACUGCAUAAAGCAAAACCAAAGGAUCCGGUGAGGUUUAGGGUCCAAGUCCCCAGGCUAGUGAGUGUGAAGUGAAGCCACCGUCCAGGAAGGACCUCAGAGGAAGGUUUUCCCAGGAUUAUCUCUGGAUUGUGCCUCUCAGAGGACACAGGCACACGUGCAGGAAGGCCCAGAGGAAGGCGGAAUAGCGUUGGUCGGCAGGCAGCAGGCAGCAGGAUGUGGGAGGGACUGGGACUGCAGGUGUUCCUGAUGUGCCUGGGCACCGUGCUGUGCAGCGCUGUGGCUGCCUCGGCACCCCUGGAGCACAGCCACCACCGCCGCCUCUCCCUACACAGGCACCGGGAGAGGACAGGCAAGGAGGGACAGGUCCUACACCGCUCCAAAAGAGGCUGGGUCUGGAACCAGUUCUUUGUCAUUGAGGAGUACACAGGGCCAGACCCAGUGUUAGUGGGCAGGCUCCACUCAGACGUUGACGCUGGAGAUGGCAAUUGCAAGUACAUUCUCUCAGGGGAGGGUGCAGGCACCAUUUUCGUCAUUGAUGACAAGACAGGCAACAUCCAUGCCACCAAGACCCUGGACAGGGAAGAGCAGGCCCAAUACACCCUCACAGCCCAGGCUGUGGACAGGGACACCAACAAGCCUCUGGAGCCUCCGUCUGAGUUCAUAGUCAAGGUCCAGGACAUCAAUGACAACCCACCUGAGUUCCUACAUGGACCAUACUACGCCAGGGUGCCUGAAAUGUCCAAUGUCGGUACCUCAGUGAUGCAGGUAACAGCCACAGAUGCUGAUGAUCCCACCUACGGGAAUAGUGCCAGACUGGUGUACAGCAUUCUCCAGGGCCAGCCCUACUUCUCAGUGGAACCACAAACAGGGAUAAUCCGGACUGCUCUGCCCAACAUGGACAGGGAAGCGCGGCAGGAAUAUGACGUCGUCAUCCAAGCCAAGGACAUGGGGGGACACAUGGGGGGACUGUCAGGGACAACAGAAGUGAAAAUCACCCUGACGGAUGUCAACGACAACCCACCGAAGUUCCCUCAGAGUGUAUACGCCAUGUCAGUUUCAGAGGACAAGGUUUCGGGUGAGGAGGUGGGCCGUCUGAAGGCUAAAGAUCCAGAUCUGGGGGAGAAUGGACUUGUGUCGUAUCGUUUCAUCGAGGGCGAUGGGAUGACUGUGUUUGAGAUCACCACCGACACUGACACCCGUGAGGGUGUUAUCAAACUGAGAAAGCCUGUGGACUUUGAGACUAAGAGGGCAUACACCCUGAGAGUGGAGGCAACCAACACACACGUGGACCCCCGCUUCAUCGCCUGGGGCCCCUACAAAGACACAGCCACGGUUAAGGUUAUGGUGGAGGACGCAGAUGAGCCGCCUGCUUUCAUGGCAACUAGCUACAGCUUCGAGGUGGAGGAGAAUGCCCCUGAUGGGACCGUGGUGGGCCGUGUACACGCUAAAGACACAGACGUGGCCAACAACCCUGUCAGGUAUAUGAUUCCCCGCUACACGGACGUGGAACAGUUUUUCAGUGUCGGCCCAGAGGAUGGCAUCAUCAAGACCACCAGACCACUGGACCGGGAGACGCUACCCUGGCACAACAUCUCUGUCAGCGCCACUGAGAUUGGGGGACAUCACCAAGAUACGAAAGUACGUGUCAACAUCAAAGUCAAAGAUGUGAAUGACAACGCCCCUGAGUUUGCCACCCAGAACGAAAUCCUUGUGUGUGAAAAUGUCUCCCCUGGCAAACUCAUAGAGACAGUCAGUGCGGUGGACAAGGAUGAGAUGGCCCACCGACAGUACUUCCACUUCAGCAUCGCUCCAGAGGUUGUCAACAACCAGAACUUCUCCCUGAAAGACAAUAGAGACAGCACAGCCAGCAUAUAUGUAACCCGUAGGGGCUUCAGCCGGAUGACCCAGGAUGUCUACUUCCUUCCCAUUGAGAUCAACGACAACGGCAUCCCUCCCAUGAGCAGCACCAACACGCUGACCAUCCGAGUGUGCAGCUGUGACAGUAAGGACACCAUCCUGUCCUGCAACGUGGAGCCUUACAUCCUGCCUGCAGGCCUCAGCACCGGAGCUCUCAUCGCCAUACUAGCCUGUAUCGUCAUUCUCCUGGCGAUCGUGGUGCUGUUUGUGGCCCUGCGUCGUCAGAAGAAAGAGCCGCUCAUCGUCUUCGAGGAGGAAGACAUCCGUGAGAACAUCAUCACCUAUGACGAUGAAGGCGGUGGAGAGGAGGACACAGAGGCCUUCGACAUUGCUACGCUACAGAACCCUGACGGUGCCAACGGCUUCCUACCCCGUAAGGACAUCAAGCCUGAGCUCCAGUACCCAAUGAGGCCUGGCGGGCGGCCCGUGGCCAACAGUGUGGACGUGGAUGAUUUCAUCAAAACCCGCAUUACCGACGCGGACAACGACCCCACGGCCCCUCCCUAUGACUCCAUCCAGAUCUAUGGCUACGAGGGCCGGGGCUCCAUCGCUGGAUCCCUCAGCUCCCUGGAGUCGGUGACCACAGAUUCAGACCUAGACUACGACUUCCUCCAAAGCUGGGGCCCGCGCUUCAAGAAGCUGGCCGACCUUUAUGGCACCAAAGACUCUGCCGAUGACAACUCUUAACGUUCACCCAUUUCACCGACCACCUCCUUGCGCCCUUUCUCCAACCCUCCACUGACUUUGUGUGGUGCUUGAAGUUUACUGUAAGUAUACCACAAGCAUUUUUAUUUAUAGUAAACUUUGUUAUUUGUAUGUGUAAAGUAUACUUGCCGUAUACUAGAUACAGUGAGGGAAAAAAAUAUUUGAUCCCCUGCUGAUUUUGUACGUUUGCCCACUGUCAAAGAA